UAACGAGACAUCAUCGUAGUAGGAGACACCCGCCACCACAGGGCUUUAUCAGCUUUGCUUUCAAACCUGCAAGCCCACCACCAAACCACCACCUCUACCACCAACACCUGCAAAGCUUAAAGCACCGAAGAAGAUUUUAAGGAAACAACCAAACACAGAAAGUAGAUAACUUAAGGCCAGAGACUUUGCUCUCUCUCUCUCUCUCUCUCUCUCUCUCUCCAACCCUUCAGCUUAUUAAGGAUUUAUCUGCAAAUGGAAAAAACAGAUACCCAGAUGAUGUGAAGGAGCUUUGAUUUUUUUUUCGAUGGAACUCUCAAAUUCAGAACAGAGAAAGCCAGAAGGGAGAGUGGAUGGGUUCUCCCCCAUUUCCCCUACCCGUAUUUUCUGGAAUUCUAGGAAACGAUCAGCCAAUCGUCAGAAUUUGGAUAAGGCAACAGAAGAAACAACCAUUAAACAUGAGGAGGAACAGGAACCUAUGGUUACUGAGAGUCCACAAGAUUCAGUAGCCACCCCAAUGGCUCUUUCGGAGCGUCGAAAGGCUCUCUUUGAACCUCUGGAACCCGCGAAGAACAUCCCUGGUCUGCGACCAUCGGCUGAAGUCCUACUACCCCCACCAGAUUUUGACUCUGCAAGCUACCCCAAAGGCUGGUUGAUUGGAAAGAAACGCAAGCUUGUAAAUGUAGAUGUUGUGGAAAGUAUGCGUCGGGUUGCUGUUCAUGAAAUGAACAGAAAGGACAGGGAAAUUGAUGGGUUGAAUGAGCAGUUAGAGGUGGAUGCCCAAUGCUUAGAACAUCUUCAGCUUCAAUUACUGGAAGAGCGGCGUAAACGGGCUGAAGUAGAGAGAGAAAAUGCAAUGCUGCAUAAUGAGAUAUCCAUGUUGAUGAAUAUGUUGCAGCAGGAGAAUGAAGGAACGGAUGCAGAAGGUACAGAGGAUUCUUAAUAGCUUGAUUUUGUUGUUCAUCCAAUGCUUUUCUCUAAAUUAAUGUGUUUAAAGAAGCCAGUGGUUGAGAUAGUAAUUCAUUAUUGUAAAUAGAAAUAUUACCCCAAAUUUUAUUGUUUGUUGUUGAGUUGGGUAAACCGUUAGCUACAUUUGAAUGAUUAUCUUUAUGAAACUUGUUGGGCACGCAUGCAUUGUACAUGCAAAAUAGUAAAAAAAGUCUAUAUAAAUAAUUUUAAGAAUGGAAUGUAAUUUGAUUAUUGUUUAUUUA